AUGAUUUUUUCCAUCAAUGAAAUCAACCGUCGCGAUGAUCUCCUCGCCAACGUGACUCUGGGCUACGAUAUCCGCGAUGACUGCAGAUCAGAGGAAGUGGCCAUGUGGACAACCCUCUCGUUCAUUCAAAACAUCAGCAAGUCCUUUCCGGAGUAUCUUGAUUGUACGCCACAGAACGCGGGCCCCGUCAGUGGGAUCGUCGGCACAGGUUUCAGCCGGACCAGCAUCUUCGUUGCCAAGACGGCGUCGAUGUUCCAAGUGCCGGUUGUGUCGUACGCUGCGUCUAGCGACGAGCUCAGUGACAAAAGUUCCUACCCGUAUUUUCUUCGCACUUACCCCCCGGACACCCUACAGGUCAAAGUUAUUCUAGAUGUGGUGCUCCACUUCGAGUGGGAGUACAUCGCUCUUCUGUACUCUCUGGAAAGUGACGGAAUUCGAGGUGCAUUCGCCCUGCAGGAGCAGGCCGAAGAAAUGGGGAUCUGCGUGGCCUUCUUGUCUCCCAUGCGUGAAUUCCCAAGUGACGAUGAGCUGCAGAACACCAUUGAGAAGCUGCAGACCCACAGCAAAGUGGACGUGGUGGUUUUAUUUGGCGCCAAGAACGAGGCCCAAGCCGUGCUGAGGGCUGCGAAAGAGUCUGGUCUGAGACGCAUCGUGUGGCUUGGUACCACCCACUGGGGUUACCGACUUUCUGCAGAUCAUUUGGAAGACGUAGCUACGGGUGCCUUGUUCGUCAGAGACUACAGACCCACGGUGAAGGCUUUUGGUGAGUACUAUGCUUCUCUAGAUCCAUUUUCGCCUGACACGAGUCCGUGGUUUAAGGAACUUGCGCAUGAGUGGCUAUCAGCUCGGCAUUGUUCCAACUUAUCUGUAUGCCCGCUCGAUCGUGGUAACACCGAAGGAUUGGUCAUGAAUUCAGUAUACGCUUUUGCUCACGCCAUGGACACCCUUCUAAGACAGAACUGCACCGACGAACUUUGCCGGUCUAAAAAUCGCCAGCAGAUGGACGGGACAUCGCUUUUACACACUUUAAAGAACGUCCAAUUCGAAGGUCCGUAUGGUCAAGUCUCAUUUGAUUCUAAUGGCGACGGGAGAGGCAAAUACGUUGUGUCCAACUGGCAACGUCACAACGGAAAGUACACCAUGGUGGAUGUCGGGUUGUGGGAUGCGGUCAACGCGCCUCGGCUGUGGAUCCAAGACGGUAUAAUCCAGUGGCCCAACAAUAACUCAAGUAGGCCACGGUCUACCUGCCGAGUAGACUGCCCUCCGGGUUAUGCCAUCUCCACUCUACGACAACGCUGUUGUUCUGACUGCAUCAGUUGCCCAGACAACAGUAUCGUCGUGAACGGCACUGUGUGCUCUCCCUGUGAGAGAGCCCACUGGCCAGACAAGGAGUUUAUGACCUGUGUCUCCAUCGUCCCCACCAGCAUCCAACUGAAAAACCCGGUGUUGGCCAGCGUGCUGAGCCUUGUGAUCUUUGGCAUGGUGUGCUGCCUGCUGACCGGCCUGUGUUUGGUAGCUAAACACAAACACCCGCUGAUUAAGGCCACAAGCCGCGAAUUGACGUCCAUCCACCUAGCGGGGCUCAUGCUGUCCUAUGGCGCUGCCAUCAUGCUUCUCACGGCUACACCGAGUGUCGAGGGCUGUAUUGCGUCGGAAUCCCUCAUCAGCAUCAGCUUCACCAUGUCCUACGCGCCCACCCUCCUGAAAGUGAUCAGGAUCCAACGUAUAUUCAAGAUGGGUAGGGUGACAAACAAGCCACCGAGGUUAACAUCGCCCAAGUCUCAAGUCGCAAUAGUUAUAACCAUCAUUGUGGCCCAGCUUAUCAUGUCGAUCGUGUCUGCUACGGUAAGCCCUUCUGCCCCCUCAACUCUCUACACGCUCGACAUGGGCAACUACAGCGAGAUCUUCUGCGCCUUCGGAUAUGGCUUCAUCGCGCCCUGCCUCCUCAACCUGACCAUCAUCGUCGGCUGCUGCCUCUUUGCGUUCCUCUCGCGCAAGGUGCCAGACAACUACAACGAGUCCCGCUUCAUCGGCGUCAGCGUGUACACCACGCUGGUGCUGUGCGUUGCAGCGGUUCCUGUCUACACCUCCACCAACGAGGUGCUUCCAAAAGUGGCCAGCAUGAGCCUCGCUCUGACGCUCAACGCUUACCUCUCCCUGGUAUGUCUUUACAUCUCUAAGCUGUACGUCAUCGUCUUCGGCAACAGGGUCGAGCCCAGGGCCAUCCCGGCGUCUACUACGCUGCAGGAAAUGACCAUGUCCUCAUCGGCGAUACCCAAUGUCCGUUGCAUGGUUACGUCUGCUUGGGGAAGUGAGAUCCGCCAGGUUAAGGCCAUGGGACCGGCGCAAAGCGUGGGCUCUCCCGGUCCAAGCAAGUCCGAGUACUAG